CGAACUCUUGCUCUUUUCAUCCCUUCGCGAAUACUUAUGACCGCGCUCAAUCGGUAUAUUAACGAGAAUUGACCCUCGUGUCAACUCCACCGCCAGCAAUGCAUCGCCGACGUCAUUGGCGCUGAUUUGCUGCGUUGGCCCCGUCAUGGAUGUCCAUCCUGGUCGGCGAUAUAUAAUCUCCAUCAUAUCCGACCAGGACCGCGACCACGACAGCAUCCCCGAUAUCGACUUUGGAUCCCUUCUUCAAUUCAAUUUCUCCAUAAAGCCAUGGACCAACGAGACCACAAAGUGCCGGAUGAGCAUCACGUCCCAAGGACGGGUCAUUGGCUUUCGCAGGACAAGCGGCACCACCAUGACUGGAUGAAGAAGCUCGUCAAUCACGUCGAUAACCCGAAAGAGCUCCACCCCGUCUUGCAACAGUUCCGAGACAAGAUCGAAGGCGACUCCCGUCUUUACAUGCUGUUCAACUGCAUGUUCGAACGGAUGCCCAGCAAUAAAAAAUACCUGAAAGAUCCGACGGGUGAAAACCCGCAAGUACGAGACGUCCCGCAGUUCCUCGCGCUCCUCAACCACGUCAUCUCCACCCCGCCCGCCUGGACCGACGCCGGCCACUUGGUCGGCUUCGUCGGCGCGCCCAUCAACGCCUUGCUCAACUGGCCGAUGGCCACGCGCGCCGGAUUCGCCGUCUUCCAGGACCCAGAGGUGAACGCGAUGAUCAAGAAGGUGCUCGACGCGUGGGGCGCGUACUUGAAGAGCGAAGCGUCGUGCACGGUGCUCGACGACGGAAAGACGAGCUGGUUCGGCGAGCACGGGGUGAAGAAUCUGGAGGAGGUCGGGAACCUGGGGAAGUCAAAGUGGAAGUUCGAGGAGAUGUACGUGUGCGAGCCUGAGAAGCCGUACAAGGGAUUCAAGAGCUGGGACGAUUUUUUUACGAGAAGGUUCAGAGACGGUAUCCGGCCGGUCGCAUCCCCAGAUGACCCGUUGGUGAUCGCCAACCCCUGCGAAUCGAUGCCAUACAAAAUCGCCACCGACGUACACGCCCGCGCUAAGUUUUGGGUCAAAGGCCAGCCCUACUCCGUAACGGACAUGCUCGCCUCGCACCCCUCCGCCCCGCUCUUCGUCGGUGGGACCGUCUACCAAGCCUUCCUCUCCGCGCUUUCCUACCAUCGUUGGCAUUCCCCCGUGACCGGCGUCGUGAAGGAGACGAUCAUCGUGCCGGGGACGUACUACUCGGAGCCGCUGUUCGAGGACUUCGAGGAGGCCGGGGAGAGCACCCAGAAGGAGGGGUUGAACGUCUGCCAGGAGUAUCUGAGCGUGAUGGCGACGAGGGCGAUCAUAUUCAUCGAGGCGGACGAGCCGAGGAUCGGGCUCGUGGCGUUCUUGGGCGUGGGCAUGGCGGAGAUGUCGACGUGCGAGGUCACCGUCAAAGAGGGCCAAAAGAUCAAGAAGGGCGACGAGCUAGGGAUGUUCCACUUUGGCGGCUCGACCAUGUGCUGCGUGUUCCGCAAGGGCGUCAGAUUGGAGGGAUUCCCACAACCUGGGCAGGCGCACAAUGUGCCCGUGCGGGCCCAGCUAGCCAAGGUUGUCGGUUGAUGGUGUUGUUUAGAUCGCGUGGGCGUGUACCCUUAGAUGUGCGCAAUCGAUAUGCAACGCAUGAUCGACAUUUUUGAUAUC